UCUCUCGUUCGCGCGCGCAUCUCCAUCAUCCUCUCGCUACUGAGAAAAAACCCGCCAGCGCGAAACAGAUGGGAAGGCAUCCGCGGAAUUUGCGACCGUUACCGUGCAGAGAAUAAGCGUCAAAACUUAACGGACACCGACAAGAAGUUCAGUUCGUCCAGAAGACUUCUGGACUGAGAACUUGAGGACAUUUCACGUUUAUUUACGACUAUAAAAGGCAGGGUGGGCCAUGCCAUUCGGCUGUUUAAAUCCUGGCGAGAAGAAGGACUACAACAGUCCUACAGAAAUCACAGACAAAUAUGAUCUGGGGCAGAUUGUUAAAUCGGAGGAGUUCUGUGAGAUCUUCAGGGCGAAGGAUAAAAACACUCUGAAAAUGUACACCUGCAAAAAAUUCCUGAAGAAAGAUGGAAGAAAAGUGCGGAAGGCUGCCAAAAAUGAGAUUGUCAUCCUAAAGAUGGUGAAACACCCCAACAUCCUCCAGCUGGUCGAUGUCUAUGAGACCCGGAAAGAGUACUACCUCUUCCUUGAGCUGGCCACAGGUCGGGAGGUGUUUGACUGGAUCCUGGAUCAAGGCUAUUAUUCUGAGAGGGACACCAGCAAUGUUAUCAGACAGGUGAUGGAGGCAGUUGCUUACCUGCACAGCCUGAAGAUCGUUCACAGGAACCUAAAGCUUGAGAAUCUGGUGUACUACAACCGACUGAAACAUUCAAAAAUAGUCAUCAGUGAUUUCCAUCUGGCAAAACUGGAGAAUGGACUCAUCAAGGAGCCCUGUGGAACCCCAGAGUAUCUGGCCCCAGAGGUUGUUGGGAGACAGAGAUAUGGCCGACCGGUGGACUGCUGGGCCCUUGGUGUGAUCAUGUACAUACUACUCUCUGGAAAUCCUCCAUUCUACGAUGAAGCAGAUGAUGAUGACUAUGAAAACCAUGACAAGAACCUCUUCCGGAAGAUUCUUGCUGGAGACUAUGAGUUUGACUCACCAUACUGGGAUGAUAUUUCAGACUCUGCUAAAAACUUAGUGUCACGUCUUAUGGAGGUGGACACUGACCAGAGAUUGACUGCACAAGAAGCCAUCAACCAUGAAUGGAUAUCUGGAAAUGCUGCUUCCGACAAGAACAUCAAGGAAAAUGUGUGCGCACAAAUCGAGAAAAACUUUGCAAAAGCUAAGUGGAAGAAAGCCGUACGGGUCACGACCAUGAUGAAGCGUCUCAGGGCACCAGAGCAUCAGACAGCGGCACCAGCAGCAGCAGCAGCAGCUGUACCAGAUGCGGCCAACCCUGCAGCAGGGGCUCAGGAAAACCCUCAGGCUCCAUCAGAGGCCUCCACAGCUCAAUCCAGUACUGCUGAAAGCAACUCUGCGAGCACAGAAGCCCCUGUUGUGGAAGCUGCUAACGCAGAAGCAGUGGCCGCUGCCGCCCCGCCACCAACUGAGCCUGUUCUCCACGUUCCAGCGCCUGAACAGCCCGAUCCCACGUCGCGAUGCAACGGAGAAGCUUUAGACUCCCUGCCACCGGACACAGGGGAGGAACAGAGCGGUUAAUCUCGCUACCUCUCCCACCUGCGUUUAGAUCCCGCACACGUGUACAUAAGCAGCAAGCAUGCUAAUACUGAUUCCGCAGCACAUAGCAUUAAUCUCAACACGAGCCAACUUAUAAAGGCCAAUUCACACUGCACCGAGACCGAGGCAGUUUUUGCUGAUAGAACGUGUUGAAUCUGCGUUUGACGGGUGGUGGAAUGACUGAGAAGUGACAUACUGUAAUAUGGUGGAUGUCCGCGUUGGUCGCCGUCUGUCGGCGCAGUGUGAAUCGGUCAUAAAACAUUUCCCAGCAAGCAUUCUGUUGUUUUCUAUUGAAUCACAAUGCUGUGUGAUGCAUAUCAAAGUCUCUGGCCACUUUAACUUUGCGUAAAAGAAGAAAAAAAUCUGUUUUCUGCUUACAUUAAGCCAAGAUUGGAAACUUUAGCAUUGAUCUGCAUAAAUGAUUUAGGAUAGAUUCUCAUUGUAGGCCUCAUUUUAUAGCUACUUUAUUUUAUUGCAAUUGCAUUUAUUGCAUUGCAAUUUGUUGACACCUGUCUUGAACUAGUCAGAGGACCACAGAGACACAGCUUCAUGUGCAAUGUAAAGUUUCUGUACAUAGCUUACUUACUUCUGUAGAUUAGACGUAGCCAAGAACAGCAUGCUUUUUCAAAUCUGCUGUUUAUGACACACAUGUCCAGGUAACUGACACGUUCAGCUUCAGCUUUACAUUAACAUUUCAUGUCUCGAUCGAACACGCACUCACGAAACGUUAAGAAGAUUUAUAUGAAAAAUACUUCUACAGCAACUAAGGCGGCUAAAUUCAUCUCGUAAUGGUGUUUUAGUGGUUGAGACGUGUGGCCCAAUAAAUGGAGCAGAGUAGGUAACCAUAACUAAUACCUCACAUCUGCUUGGUAGCUAGCCACAUGAACAGUGGAAAAUGUGAUUUGUUCUUAUAAUGUAUUAUAUGCUCAUUUGCAUACAUUUUACAUGUUUUGAAUAGUAUAUCUUUCUGUUUUAAAAAUACACAGCCACGCACAGUGAUCUUUGUUUUUAACAGGAUUUUAUUUGAGGCAUAAAUGUACAAGUUACAGUGGCCAUUUUAUGCCUACAUUGAGACACUUUCAUUGGGCUGAAUAUUUACUUACAAUCUUUACAUAUUUUUUCUUGAUCCCAGAUCUUUUUUUUUUUUUUUUUUUUUAAUGGCAAGUAUAUAAUAGGCAUCAGAUAUUUAGGGCCUGGUACUAAGACAUGGCAUUAAGAAGCAUUUUUUGUCAAUCCGAUCACAAGUGGACGACACUAAAUACAGGUGUAAACAGAGUCUAAAUCGCUUUGAGCUUGUCCACUUUUGACCACUUCCAGAGGAAGUCAAAAACACAUUCAAACGGAUUGCUUUCGUAGUGUAGAUGCUCAUUUGGUCGAAUGCGUUCGAACACCCAAAAAAGACCGCCUAAUCUGAGCCUACUGACUUAACAUAAACGAUAUGGGAAGUGCGCGAGCCAGAUGGGAUUUAAACUUUGUCGGCUGAAGACAAAUGUUCUCUCACCAUUCCUGAUUUCUAACAGACACUCGCAGUGUUCAGCGUGGUCUUCUGGCUGUCAGAGUAGGAACGAAAGAUGCUGCUCUCCGUAUUGAUUUCCGUCGUCUCCGGGUGCGUUCAUAUGUAAAUUACGUGAGCUUAUUUUGUCCAUUAAAUUGAAAAGCCCAUACAUUUACCCAACCAUAGACCCUCCCCUCGAAGAAAUCAGGACAGAAGUGGUCGAAAGUGGACAGAAAAGACCGGUUAAAACACCAGGUUAAACAGGAAUGUGUCUCUUGUCAUCCGAUCGACCAAAACACUUAAUCUUAAUACCAGUUGUAAUCAGGAACUUACUUGUACAGUCAUUUAACCCUUUGCCACCCUUCCUUUUAGAAAGGCACAUUCAUAUUACAAAUAAGUCUCAAUGACAAGUAUAGAGUGCUGCAGGAAUUAAUUCUACUUCAGGAUCCAUCGUCUCUAAAUCAAUGUUUUUUGAAUGGGUUUUUGGUUACAUGCCUGAAAUAAGGUCUGUGGUUAACAAGCUCAAGAUAUUUUGACAUAUUAUUGUACAACCUAAAAUACAUCAGUAAUACCACAAAAAUUAAAUGCAGUUGCUAACAAGUGGCUAAAUGAGACUACAGAGGUUUCCAGGGUCAUUAAAAGCCUGUUCACGUCAAGGACAAUAUCUAAAAUGUUUUAAUAAUCGUUCUAAUUCAAUAACAAUAGGAAAGUACACACCACAAUUACAAUGAUAAUGACAAAGAGGAAUGAGACCGUUGGAAUUACUUUCAAUUUUUUUUUUUUUUUCUAGGUGAUGAAUGAUAAAAACAUUGACAGCCAAUCAGAAUUCACUUUAAAGAGCUUGAGCAUUUAAAGCAGCAGAUGAAAAAAAAUGGCAGUAUAUGCUUAUAAUUAACAUAACACUAAUAUAGUUAUCUUUAUAGUUAUCAUUCUUGGUGUUAAUGGGCCUUAGACAUUAUGUAGAUUUCAUGUAGAUUUCAUGUAGAUUUUGCAGAAUUUCCCUGUAGUCAAUCAUUUUAUCCCUUAAAACUAAUCCUGUGAAAAUAAUUUCUUCAUGCCUUAAAAUUGUUUGAAUUUAACUCCCUUGCUUCAUUUAGUAUACGCGGAUCCAUGAAUAUGCAAAUUAGCCUCCACUCAAUCACAGCAGGUUGGACUCUGAUCCACUCGGUCAACUUUACUGUAGUAAACACUGCAUAAUGUGUUUUAUAUAUCACUUUCAAUACAGUUGGACACAUAAUGGUUAUUGAUAAUGAUUAGCCUUUGACUUGACUACAUUAUCAAACAGUUCCCGUUCGUCAUCUCAAGGUCAGACAGCUGCCUUCUAAAAAUCAGCAUCCCUAUAUGCUUUAAACAUUAUAGAACGUCAGUGGAGAAAAGCCCCGCCUCACAUGUUGACUGGAUUGGUUACAUUUGUGACUGCAGGAAACGGGUGGUUUCAAAUCACAUUUUUUAAAUUUGUCUUAUGGUUUGUCUUAAAGCAUAUUAAAAACACCACAUAGACAUAUAAACAGCAUUAAAAACUUGAUUUUCACCACAGGGGGACCUUAAAUAAAGAUUAAAAGAGUUGUCUGAAGAUUAGUGGUUUUGACACUGGUGGUGUAGUUCAUUUAUAGCCUAACUUUAGCUUUGUACUUCUGCCGAUUGUAUUUAGGCUUUCUCAUAGUUAUAAAAUAAAUAUUAUAAAAUAACAAAAAAUUUAAAAACUCAAAUAAUAAAAUUGUUAAUUUGUAAUUAUCUUAACUUUUGUUGGUCACCAAUAAUCCAAAAGCCAAUGGAAAAAUCCAAUUGGCUUUUUGUUGAGGGAACAAGGUUAACAAAAAUCACUGCAGCACUCUAUAUUGGGAAGAUAUAUUUCUGCUUAAAGCAAACAGUCCAAAUGAUAAUAACCACUGUCUAGCCCUAUUAAUCAAACCCUAGCCCUAAUGAUUAAACAUUUUACAUUAUAGCUUUUUUGCCUUUUACCUAUUUUAUAGAAAUGUCUGUUGUCAGCAACAGACAUCCCAUCUUUCACAAUUUUAUACAGCUCUUUCUCAUUAAACGAUUACGCUUCGCUAGUUUACUGCUGUAGACAUGUCUGUUACUCAUCAUGCCAGUACUUAUUAAUUUCAUAGUUGAUGCAUUCUAAAUUUAAAAACUCAUUUUGUGCCAUCUUGGUUUUUACACGAAUAGUUUGCUUUGUUUUCAGUAUACAAACAUAUUUUAGCACAGAGAAAUGGCAGGCGAUGUAGGAUUACAAGAGCUUAACGAAAGCAAAAUCGAAACGGUCGACCUCUUAAUAUGAGCAAUAGUCUACAACUGCGAUACUGUGAUGCUACUCUCAAUGUCGGUGUCCGUGUGAACUCUCUCAAUUUCUGAUUGGCCUGUCCUCCACGGAAGUUGAAAACAGUGACGUCAUUCUGGAAGGGCGAGAAGGUCAGGACUUGAACGGGACAGCGCACCUAUUGUACAAUUAUUUAGAACCUGUCAUAGAGUAUAGGUGAACAAAAACAGUGAUGAGUUUCCCCUCCGGUGGCCAACGAUUUGUAAUUGUUGUGCAGUGGUGACAUGCUGUAAUUUUCUAAACAUCAUAGGAGUCAGUGGAGGUUUGACUGAAGAAGGCCUUGAUAUGCAAUUAUGCUGUCAGUGGUCUAUUGAUCUCAAGAUGAUGCUCAGCAUGGGUUGUCACGGGUUUCUACUGAAGUAAGCUUCGAUAUACUUUAGAUCUCACGUGUGUCGUUGUCAUUUUGUAUCUUUUAUUUCUCUCUCUUUGAUUAUAUAAAAUGAUAUUUCUCUUCUAAAAUCUGUCCCAUACCUUUAUUCGUUCUAUCUACCCUGAGACUUUGAGAUGUUAUUUGUUUUUCUGUCUUUGAUUUCGUAUAAAAGUUGAAAAAGCGCAAACUGGUAAGAUCUAAAACAAAAAGAGUGAUAAGUAAUGUUUCAUGUAGGUCUGAAAAAAUGGUUUUUAUAUCAUUCAUGUAUACUAAAACCGCAACUAGAUACUGUGUUACACAAUUCAAAGCAAUUUUUUAAAAUAGUGCUUCACUAUUGCCUUUGGUGUUCGGUGUCUGUUGAUUUCCUCAUUCUCUCAGAUGUUCUUCUCAGUGUGGUUGACUGUGAACCUGUGAAUACACUGAGGACUGGCCUCUCUCCACUUUAACCUCUGUAUUCUUCAAAUGACUUUCAUGCUUUCAAAAUAAACACAUCCUGAAUGAUCA